AUGGACGUACUCCAUAACGCGCUUCGAUUCGUGACUGGACUGCCCCAGCCUGUAGUACCCGCACCGAUUCCCAACGACAUCUUCGAGCAUCUUCCCUCUCUCCGAACGGUACGCAAGCGAGGUCGUCGAGGGUAUGGCUUGGACAGCAGCGAGGAUGGGCGAAGAGUCACUCGGGCAAGGGCACAAGCGGCUCCAGUUGUCGCUACUGCUCCUGCACCAGCAGCGACGGGCGCGCAGUUCGCGUUCAACCCUGUUAUCCCUCAAGCCGCUGUUGGAAUGAGCAGGACGCUUAGCGCGAAUGCGGAGCAGCAGCGGGUGAGAGAGACGCAGAGGGGGACGCCGAAGAGGAAGAGGAUGACGAGACGGACGAAGGCUGCACCUAAACCGAGAUUAGACAUCAACCAGCUGCCUGAUGAUGUUAUUUACCGUAUCAUGCACGAGGUCGGCAGGCUCGAUCCAGCCUUCGGUCCCAAAGCCCUCUCUGUCUGCCGUCGAUGGAAGCUCAUAUCCCCUACCGUCCCCUCUCUCUGGUCACAUAUCGUCAUCUCCGGCCCGAGCUCUUUCCCCCGCGCAGCCCAAAACCUCAAACACGCCGAAGGCAGCCCCAUCACCGUAUAUCUACGCAACCUCAGCCUACAGGAAGUGCGAAACGACCAGUACUUCUUUCAUGGCGCGGUGCGGCUUGUUGAGCCUCAUCGGCAGUGUAUGACGAGCUUGACGAUCCGGACGCACUCUGUUUCUACGCUGAGGCACGCGCUUCGGGAGUUGGUGGACAAAGAGACCGUCGCGCUGAGAACGCUCGAUAUCAGCAUAUGUACCCCCGUGCCUCAACGACCAGACUCGGCGUUGCUCACCCACCGAAUGCCCCGGUCCAUCGAGACGAUCCGUUUUGACCGUGUUAUCCUCACGCAUAUCGGCUCGCGCCGACAUCUCCGGAACUUGCACAUCUCCCGCCCGGAAGCGUGGACGAACAACCUGCGUACACUGCGAACGCUCGCAGCUGUGUAUCCGUAUCUUCGCACGCUAAGGAUCGACAACUGGGGAAACCAGUUGAUACCAGAGCCGUUUGAUGGGGUGAGGGAUAUCGUAUGGACCGAACUUGAGGAACUGCGCCUGUGGAAAUGCCGAUCGGACAACGUCGUCCUCUUCUUGCAACACUUUGCUUCUGUUAGCCUGACAACGGUCGAUAUCGCCCUCAAUUCCGUACCGUACCAGCAGAGCGAGAACGGCUACCAAGAGCUGCACAAUAGCGUCCUGCGUGAACUGCAUAACCUACAGACGUUCAUGAUCAGUUCGAAAGAAGCACGAAAGAACAGCAGGAAAGGCGUACGAGCUCUAUCGCUAGCAGGCAUGCAGACGAACUUGUGGGAACUGUUCAUGCUCCUCCGAUCCUGUACGGGCAUGCGCACCCUCGCCUUCACCCAUUGUAACAUCACGAACGACACGCUGAACUGGCUGAGCAACCCAGCGAUGAGCGCCUCCUGGCUCUGCCCCGAGCUGGAGCGGCUCAAGAUCGAGGAAUGCGCCGCUGUUGAAGGGUACGCUGUACGACAGCUGGCGUUUAACCGCUGGCUAGGAGCGGAGAACGAAGGGGUGAAGCAGUUCCAGGAAUUGGGAAUCCGGUGUUGCUCAAGAGUGAGCGUGGAGGACGUCAAGUUCUGCAGGCUGCGAGUGCCAAAGGUCGACUUCUCCAUUUGAGAGUGCUUGAAAGGUAAAGUGUUCAAACGGCAAUAGAAUUUCGGACAUGAGGUAUCCGCACAUUCAUACUUUGGCCAUUUAUUUUUGGUAUAACAAAAUUGGAGUGCUGACUCCUUACGAUCUUACUGUAACUUCCUCAGCAUUUAUCACUUCACAUUGGCAUUAUUGUACAUACUUGCAUUUU